AUAGUCGUAGUUGCUAGCUUCAGUCAUGGUGAUGGUACGAGCAGUUUACAGAGAGAUAACGGUGCGGUGGGGGGCGCGGAACGACUAGUGGUAGAUGCUGCUCUGGGACUGCAAAAAGAAGGACAUGAAAUAUCUAUAUAUACUUCUCAUCAUGACCCGGCCCACUGCUUUGACGAGACAAGAGAUGGCACAUUACGUGUAGUUCAAUAUGCACCUCCUUUCUUCCUUCCUCGUUCUUUGAAGGGAAAGCUACAUAUUGUGUUUGCACACCUUCGGCAGUUACACCUGACAUGGAAACUUGUCAGAA